CGGAUCCCCAGCGCCAACCAGGGGGAGCUGGAAGGAGCCGUCCCUGCGACACCGCGGAACGAAAGGGAAGAGCGGGUUAGUGGAGGGGGGCUCCGCUGACACUUCCCUCCUUCCUUGGGCGGCCAGCCCGCCGGGGUGGAGGGUGACCAUGGCACUUGCGGUGGGGCCGCGGCGCCGGGGGAGCCUGGCCCCCAUCCUCUCGGGCACCCUGUGUCUCCUGUACAUCGCUGGACAGGUAUGUGGAGAUCAAAGCCAAGGAGCUGUUUUUUUACGGGAAUUUACACUGAUUCGAAGAGAGAGCCUCCACGAUGAUUUCCUUUCUGACCUCCUGAAUAGUCACAAAGUAGAAGAUGCGAGUUCCAGGACUGCAAGAUCUGAAGAAGACCGGGAUACAUUGUGGGAUGCCUGGGGUCCAUGGAGUGAAUGUUCACGAACUUGUGGAGGAGGGGCCUCCUAUUCACUGAGACGCUGCCUUAGCAGCAAGAGCUGUGAAGGACGUAAUAUUCGAUAUAGAACCUGCAGCAAUGUGGACUGCCCUCCAGAAGCAGGAGAUUUUCGGGCCCAGCAGUGCUCUGCUCAUAAUGAUGUCAAGUAUCAUGGCCAAUUUUACGAAUGGCUACCUAUAUCGAAUGACCCUGACAACCCAUGUUCUUUGAAGUGCCAGGCCAAAGGGACCAGCCUUGUUGUUGAAUUAGCCCCUAAAGUUUUAGAUGGUACACGAUGCUACACAGAAUCACUGGACAUGUGCAUUAGUGGUUUAUGUCAGAUUGUUGGCUGUGACCACCAGCUGGGAAGUACCGUCAAGGAAGAUAACUGUGGAGUCUGCAAUGGAGAUGGUUCCACCUGCCGGCUGGUCAGAGGGCAAUACAAAUCGCAGCUCUCAGCAACCAAACCUGAUGAUACCGUGGUUGCCAUUCCCUAUGGAAGCAGACAUGUUCGCCUUGUCUUAAAAGGACCUGAUCACUUGUAUCUGGAAACUAAGACUCUACAGGGUACAAAAGGUGAAAACAGCCUCAGCACUACAGGGACCUUCCUUGUGGACAAUUCCAGUGUUGACUUCCAGAAGUUUCCAGACAAAGAGAUACUGAGAAUGGCCGGACCCCUCACUGCAGAUUUUAUUGUCAAGGUCCAUAAUGUUGGAGCUGCUGAUAGCACUGUUCAGUUCAUCUUUUAUCAGCCCAUCAUACACCGGUGGAGAGAGACUGAUUUCUUCCCUUGCUCAGCAACCUGUGGAGGAGGUUACCAGCUGACCUCGGCUGAGUGCUACGAUCUGCGGAGCAGCCGGGUUGUAGCAGAUCAGUACUGCCACUAUUACCCAGAGAAUGUCAAACCCAAACCAAAGCUUCAAGAGUGUAACUUGGACCCCUGUCCAGCCAGUGACGGCUACAAGCAGAUCAUGCCCUAUGACCUCUACCAUCCCCUUCCUCGGUGGGAAAGUACACCAUGGACAGCCUGUUCCUCCUCUUGUGGAGGUGGUAUCCAGAGUCGGACAGUUUCCUGUGUAGAAGAAGACAUCCAAGGGCAUGUCAGUUCAGUGGAAGAAUGGAAAUGCAUGUACACUCCUAAGAUGCCUAUUGUUCAGCCCUGCAACAUUUUUGACUGUCCUAAAUGGCUGGCACAAGAGUGGUCUCCGUGUACUGUGACAUGUGGACAGGGGCUCAGAUACCGUGUUGUCCUGUGUAUUGAUCAUCGAGGAAUGCAUACAGGUGGUUGCAGCCCUAAAACAAAGCCACACAUAAAAGAAGAAUGCAUCAUACCCACUCCUUGCUAUAAACCCAAAGAGAAACUUCCUGUGGAAGCCAAGCUGCCAUGGCAUAAGCAAGCCCAAGAGCUGGAAGAAGGAGCUGUGGUGUCAGAAGAGCCCUCAUUCAUCCCAGAAGCCUGGUCAGCCUGCACGGUCACCUGUGGUGUGGGUACCCAGGUGAGGAUGGUGAAAUGUCAGGUGCUGCUGUCCUUCUCCCAGUCUGUGGCUGAUCUGCCUGUCGACGAAUGUGAAGGUCCCAAGCCAGUGUCCCAGCGUGCCUGCUAUGCCGGACCUUGCAACGGGGAAAUUUCUGAGUAUAACCCUGAGGAGACAGACCUGCUCUACGGUGGCCUGCAGGAUUUUGAUGAGUUGUAUGACUGGGAGUACGAAGGCUUCACAGAGUGUUCGGAGUCCUGUGGAGGAGGUGUCCAAGAAGCUGUGGUGAGCUGCCUGAACAAACAGACGCGGGAGACCGCAGAUGAAAGCCUGUGCGUGACUAGCCGUCGGCCCCCGAAGCUCCUGAAAUCCUGCAAUUUGGAUCCCUGCCCUUCAAGGUGGGAGAUUGGCAAGUGGAGUCCAUGUAGUUUAACCUGUGGAGUCGGCCUACAGACCAGGGAUGUUUUCUGCUCCCACCUCCUUUCCAAAGAGAUGAAUGAGACUGUGGUGCUGGCGGAUGAGCUGUGCCACAAACCCAAGCCCAUCAUAGUGCAAGCUUGCAACCGUUUCAACUGCCCACCAGCCUGGUAUCCUACAGAGUGGCAACAGUGUUCCCGGACCUGUGGAGGGGGCGUUCAGAAAAGAGAUGUUCUUUGCAAACAACGCAUGGCCGAUGGCAGCUUCCUUGAGUUGCCAGAGACCUUUUGUUCAGCCCCAAGGCUGGCCUCCCAGCAAGCCUGCAGGAAUGAGGACUGUCCCCAUGAAUGGCUUCUCUCUGAGUGGACUCAGUGUUCCACAAGCUGUGGAGAGGGCACCCAGACACGGAGUGCCAUUUGUCGAAGGAUCCUGAAAUCCGGAGAGUCAGUCAUUGUCAACUCAUCCCUGUGUCAGCCAUUGCCUUCCUCUUCCUCCAUCCAGCCUUGCAUGCUAGCAGCCUGUGCAAGACCCAGUCGCCCAUCUCCAAAACACACUCCUCACAUCACAGCCAUCAGGAAGAUCUAUAUUCAGACACGGAAGCAAAAGAAGUUACACUUUGUGGUGGGAGGCUUUGCCUACCUGCUUCCCAAGACUUCUGUGGUCCUCAGGUGCCCCACCCGGAGGUUCCGAAAGCCUCUUAUCACCUGGGAGAAAGAUGGCCGGCACCUCACCAGCUCUGCCCACAUCACGGUUGCCCCUUUUGGCUACCUGAAGAUACAUCGUCUUAAGCCCUCAGACACAGGCACCUACACCUGCACUGCAGGACCAGCUCAGGAACAUUUUGUGAUCAAGCUCAUUGGGGGCAGCCGUAAGCUUCUGCCCAGACCUUUGGGACUGAGGGGUGAGGAGGAGGCUCCCCCAAUGAGGAAGAACAGUCCAAAUGAGGCCCUGCGCACCCAGGAGAAGCAUCAAAAUGGAAUUUUUUUCAAUGGCAGUAAGGCUGAAAAGCGGGCUCCUGCUGUUGACCCAGGAAGCCGCUAUGAUGAGAUUGUCUCCAGGCUGCUGGAGCAGCGGGGGUGGCCUGCAGAGCUGUUCACCUCUUGGGAGGCCCAGGACUCCACAGAGAGGAACAUCUCCUCAGAGGAGGACCAGAAUCCAGAGCAAGCCCUCCUCCACUUGCCCUUCACCAUGGUAACUGAGCAGCAGCGGCUCGAUGACCUCCUCAGGAACAUUUCUCAACAGCCUGAGGAGCUUCGAGACUUCUACAGCAAACACUUGGUGGCCCAGCUGGCAAGGGAAAUCUUCAGGACGCACCUGGAGCAUCAGGACUCAGUCUUCAAGUCCACACAGGGAAGAGUCCACCCUGUGGCCAUCCCUCCCCACAAGCAUGUGUCUGGAUUCAGCAGUUCCCUCCGCAUCUCCUCUCCCAGCUCUUCAGGAGAGGUGAGAAGUGGCCAGCCCCACAGGAAGCCAGCGAUACUAAGGAAGAUCUCAGCUGCCCAGCAGCUCUCGGCCUCUGAGGUAGUCACACACCUUGGGCAGAGUGUAGCUCUUGCCAGUGGGACACUGAGUGUCCUUCUGCAUUGCGAAGCCGUGGGAAACCCAAAGCCUACCAUCACCUGGGCCAGGAAUGGGGAAGAGGUGCAGUACAGUGACAGAAUUCUUCUGCAACCAGAUGAUUCCUUACAGAUCCUAGCGCCUGUUGAAGCUGAUGUGGGUUUCUACACUUGCAAUGCCACCAACUCCCUGGGAUCCGACUCUGUCUCCAUUGCUGUCACUUUAGCAGGAAAGCCAUUAGUGAAGACAUCAAGGAUGGCUGUGACGAAUACAGACUCACCUGCUGUCACAGUUGAUGUGGGAAGUGUCAUCAAAACCAUCCAGGGAGUAAAUGUGACAAUCAGCUGCCAAGUUGCAGGUGUGCCUGAAGUAGAAAUCACUUGGUUCAGGAAUAAAAGCAGAUUGGCUCCCCUUCACCACCUGCACGAUGGCUCCCUGUCCAUUACAAACGUCUCCUUUUCUGAUCAGGGCAUCUACUCCUGCAGGGCAGUCAAUCUUCACGGAGAAGUGACCGAAAACACCCAGCUAGUGAUCCUAGAUCCACCCCAUACCCCUUCUCAAGUGGAAGAUAUGAAGGCCCUGCUUUCAGCCAGUGGACCCAGCCUCCCCUCUGUGCUAACUUCUCCUCUGGGAACACAGCUGGUCCUGAGUCCUGGGAAUUCUGCCAUCCUUGGUUGCCCAGUCAAAGGCCAUCCUACGCCUAAUAUCACUUGGUUCCAUGACCAUCAGCCUAUUGCCACAUCAGCAGACCCAACAUACCGCAUAUUAGCAGCUGGGCAGAUUCUUCAGAUUACAAACAUCAGUGGAGGGUCUCAGGGUGAAUUCAGCUGCCUAGCUCAGAAUGAGGCUGGAAUGCUAGUGCAGAAGGCAUCUCUUGUGAUCCAAGAAUACUGGUGGUCAGUGGACAAACUGGUGGGAUGUUCAGCUUCAUGCGGGAACAAAGGAGUUCAACAGCUCCAGCUGAAGUGUAUGCUAAAUAGUACUGAGGUCAACCCUUCACAUUGUACAGGAAAGACUAAGCCGGCUGUGCAACCCGUAGCCUGCAACCGAAGAGACUGCCCAUCACGGUGGAUGGUAACUUCUUGGUCAUCCUGUACCCGAAGCUGUGGGGGAGGGGUCCAGACGCGUCGAGUUACAUGUCAGAAGUUGAAAGCCACUGGAGUCUCAGUACCCAUGUCCAAUGAGAUGUGUUCCCAACUGGCCAAACGACCUGUAGACACUCAAGCAUGUAACCAGCAGCUCUGUGUGGAAUGGGCCUUCUCUGGUUGGGGCCAGUGUAAUGGGCCAUGCAUCGGACCCCGCCUGGCCGUGCAGCACAGACAAGUCUUCUGCCAGACAAGGGAUGGAAUCUCCUUACCCCUUGAGCAAUGUAGUUCCCUCCCAAGGCCUGUGAGCACUCAGAAUUGCUGGGCAGAAGCCUGUGGCGUACACUGGAGGGUCAGCCUGUGGACACUGUGUACAGCGACGUGCGGCAACUAUGGCUUCCAGUCACGCCGAGUGGAAUGUGUGCACAUCCGCACCAACAAGCCUGUGCCAGAGCAUCUGUGUUCCUGGAGACCCCGCCCCGCCAACUGGCAGCGCUGCAAUAUCACCCCUUGUGAAAACAUGGAGUGCAGAGACACCACCAGGUACUGCGAGAAAGUGAAGCAGCUGAAACUCUGCCAACUCACCCAGUUCAAAUCUCGCUGCUGUGGGACUUGCGGCAAAGCCUGAAGAUGGGGAGCAGGGGAUGGCACUGCUCUGGCCACACACAAAGGACUCGUGCAACCAAGUGGGACAGAACUCGAGCUUUCUUCAUUUUAUUUAUUUAUUUCCCCCUCCCCUUCUUCCUCUUCCUCCGUCCCCACCCCCCACACACACACCCUCCUCUGACUCCCUCCCUGGACCCCCUCCUUAAUCUUAAGGGCCUCGACAAGCUUUCCCUUCCACACUUCUGGAAGACAGAAUGCGAUAAAGGCAGGAAUAGCUAGAAUUAUAAAAGGAAAGGAAGAAAAAGGUUCUAGGCUGAGCCAGGCCCAGAAAAAGCAAGCUGCUUCAUGGGGCUUCCCCCUCCGAUGAUGCAGAGAAGCUAGGAGAAGGUGCCACCACUGAUGCCACUGGCCCCAGGAGACAAAGCCUCCACCAUGCCUAGUUAACUCGAUAGACAGGGGGAAGAAAAUUGGGGGGUGAAAAUGGAGGGGGUAGAUUUGUACGUAUUUACACAAACCUUGGACAACUUAACAGGGUGUUUGUUUUGUUUUAGAAGUGUGUGUGUGUGUGUGUGUGUGUGUGUGUGUGUGUGUGUGUGUGUGUGUAUGGGUGUGUAACACAGUACUGUCUCAGUUUGUCUCAUCUGCCUGCCACGUCCUCUUUGUCACAAUGAGGAUGACUGGAAGAAACCAAGAAGAGUGGGCUUUGAUCUGAACAAGAACCAGUCUAGAACCCAGCCCUUCCCCUUCUCUGAGGGAGAAAGUAAGAAAUAAGGUCAUAAGAGAGCAGGCUGUAAAGGGAAUGAAUCGGUAGACUGUGCAAGAGAUUAGGGAAGAAGCAUCAAGAGUUAUGAGGUACAGUAUUAUCUAUGAAACAAAGGAGAUGGGGAAAGAGACAGGGAAAGGGUGUGUGUAUACAAUGGGAACUAGAGGUACACAGUCUGAAUACCAUGUCAGAGGUUAUCAAGGACUUAAGAGUUCAAAGGAGCAUUAGAGGUCAUCUACUCCAACCUAUUUGAGAGAUGACAAACCCAAGGCCCAAAGAUGUUGACUUACCCAGAGUCAUAUAGGCAAUGAGCAACAGGACUGGGAUUUGAAGCCACAACCUCCAAUCCCAACCCAGCCCACUUUCCUUUGGAUAUAAUACUGCCUCACAAGAACCAGUUAUGCUGGGCUCAAAAAUGUCACGUGUCCUUUCAACUCGUGGGCUUUUGCUCCCUUAAGUCAGCCCUCAGAACUGGCAUAGUGCUUUCUGUUUGGUCGAUGCCCAAAUCCUUCUCUUGGGAAUGAGAGAGCCUUCUGGGGAAGGGACAUUCCUCAUUUAGGGCCAUUCUUUUCUGUGCUGCAGCAUUCACAUAGGAUGGCCAAGUGACUAAUAGGAGUGGGUACUUUCUACUGACUGGCCAAUGGUGCUCUAGGAGCUAUGCAUGGAAUAGUGCGGGCUGGAAAGUUUCAUCUCUCUCCUUUAGUGCCUUACAAGUAGACGUAUCUUGGGCAAUGGCUCUUGUGAGUCCCUUCUGCCUGUGUAGCUCUGGCACUCAAACAAGGUUGUAACCCAUGUUAUGUUGUAUUAGAAAGCUUCAUUUGAUCAACCAGGAGCUCCCCGACACAAAGACUUCAAAGGCACAAAAAGACUUUAUUUGGGAGACUCUGGUUUUGGAACAACUUCCUGUUUCCCUUAUGGCAGAACUUGGGCACCGAUGCCAAACGUGGCAUGUUAAUGACUAGGGAGGGGUAGUGCCUCUAGAGUAAGCCACAGUGCUGCUUCUCUGCCCACUCAAGAAUAAGGCACCACAACUUCACUCUGGGAGUGCCAUGGCUCUGAUUUCAGCCUUAAAAUUCAUUUGGGGAAGUCGACAUCAAGGUCAACAGCAAUGUUCCUCUGCUGUAUCCUUCCCCCAUGAAGCAAUGAGGGAAUGGUCAGAAUGUGUGUCUCUCUCUCUACAUUCUUCCUCUUCCUCCAGAAUUGGGCUCCCAGAAAUCAUGUUACUUAGAAUCAGUGUAAGUUUUAUUUAAAAUAAAAAGAGAAUGUCUUCUAUGUCUGUAUAUCUUUUGUGUAUAUUUAUUAGGAUUUCUUGUAUAAAAAGUGCAAUAUUAAUAAUUGUACAUGAUGUUGUCCAGAUAAAACUAUCAGGGGUAGGGGUGGGGGGAAGGGAGGGGACUUUUAAUGACCUUCCUGAAGUUGUGUUCCUGUCAAAUUGGUGGUGAUAUUGUAUGUUUUUCUAUUUUAAAUGGCACUUGGCAUCUAACUUUGGAAUACAUUCAUUCACUGUGUACAGAAUAUAUGGUAAACUCUUACACGUGGGAUGACUGGGCAACGAGAGGGGCUUAAUUUGUGACAUGGUAGUUUUGCAUGGAAUGAAGGGCAGAUCCCUUUAAUAAUAAUUGAGUGAUUGUUUCUAGUUCAGUAGCUAAUGGAAAACAGUGGGAAACUGUACAUUUCAUAACUAGCGAAACCUUUUUCAGUGAACUCACCUGUAGGGUUUUCGCACCUGGGACUAUGCUUUGCAGAAACCCCCAGAGAGCCAUAAUUUGGAAUGGAAAACCCUGAGCUCUCUUGCAUGGAAUGAAUGUACUUUCAAAUGUUUGUCCUGUGAAUUGUGACUUGGCAGCAUCGCAAUAAGAGGAUAUGGGUUGCUAAAUACUGUGGAAGGAUGUGACUCUUCCCUGAAAAACACAAGCCUGUAUUUAUAUUUUUUGUA